AUGCCGUCACGGAUGUCGCCUGACGAAGAGUCGUUGCGAGAAGGUGACCGACCGGAUGCUCCCGGGCCUCGGCCUGGUGGGGCAUCUCCUUUGAUGCCACGGAGGGCGGCUUCACCGAGAGCCGCGGAGGGCGCAGCUGGGGCUUCCGAGAAGAAGUUCGUGGACUACAGGAUGGAGGCUGCCCCGGGCUGGGACGGGGAGCAGCCAGAGGUGAGAUACAAGGAGUACGCCCGCAACCUCAAGCUCUGGCUUAUUGAAGCCACGGAACGCCUCCCAGGCAGCCUGAUUUCCAGUGCCCACAUGUCUUUCGAAGAGAUAACGGACCCCUUGGGCUACCAGCGCAUCGUGGCGACGAUUGAAGAGGCGCACGACUACCUCAAAGAUGCCAAGCUUGAGCAGGCCUUCGACCAGGCGAUCUUCAAGGGCCGCCGCAGGGCCGAUCAAAGCUUGAGUGGCUUCGUCGCCACCAAGAAAGGGAACUUCACCGAGGACCAGAAGCAGCGGAUCAAGGUCCUCACGGAUGGUUCGAUUGACUUCCUGAAAGUGGAGAAGGCCAUCAGGAAGCUGUUUGGCGAGACCGUCGACGAGCCGGGCCAAAGGAACCGCACCUUUUGGCAAGGCGACCAGGACGGUGAGAAUGGCUACGGUGACGAGGAGGACCUCGAGCACCUGACCUUUUGGGAGGAGGCCAGCGACUACGUGACCGAGGCCUUUGACGACCUCCUUGAGUUCGACGAGGCCACCGGCGAGACCUACAUGAUCAUCGAGGAGGCGAGUACAUCGGGGAAGGACCGGAAGUCACCUGGCACCUUCGGUGUGUAUGGCUCCCUGGGCUCCUACCUGGACCACCGCAAGGCGCUGCAAGAUGCCCGGACGGGGCGGAGAUUCAUGUCGCCGAGAUCGGAGCGACACGACGGCCGCCACCGCAUGAGCAUCGGCGACCUUAUGGCCAAGACCCGGUGCCACCAGUGCAAGCAGUUAGGCCACUGGGCUAGGAAUUGCCCACAGAAGCGCCAGGGAGCUCCCGGCCGAACGAGUUCGGGAAAUCACCGGCCGCAACAGCAGCCGGGUGGACCCACGGCGGCGAUGUUCUUUGUAGAUCCGCCGGCGCAAGACCGGCAUGGCUAUUAUGCCGUGACCGGAGAGCCUUCCGCAGUGGAGCAAUACAUGAGUGAAGCCGUUCGCGCUACCGCCUUUGAAACUUUGAAGCUGAUGGACCAAAACUUGCAAAAGAAUUUCGGGGUUAAGGCCCAAUACUCGGCGGAAGAUGGUGGCACUGUGCGUGGGGUCUGUGGUGUGGUGGAGAAAACUCCGAUUGCCUAUGUUCCCGUCGGGGUCAGCGGCUAUAGUGGGCAACUUCGUGUGCAGAUUGUGCCAGGGUCAGUGCCUUGCCUGGUGCCAGCCUACUUGUUGUCAGACCUCGGCAGUGUGAUCGACAUGUGCAGCAUGAGGAUUUACCACACACGUCUCAGUUGCAUGCAGGACAUGUCUCAGAAAAGCUCAGGGCAUGUGGAAGUAUGCCUUCAGUGCUGGCGCCGCUUGUUGCUGCGUUGGCAGUGGGCCUUCAGCGUGCAGGCAGCCUCGGCCCUCAUGGAGAUCGUUCGAGAACCUCACCUUCGAGUCGCCCGAGAGCAGGAGAGCCACAUCCUGGCGGGCGAAGACCAAGAAGCGGUUCUCCGAUCCUCGCCCACCUGCCAGCACGUGAAGAUUUCUCAUGGGGCCAAUGCUCAAUGGGAGUGGAACACGGUGCUGGUGUACCAGAAGCCGACGUAUGUCACUCCCAUCAGCAAGAAACAGGAGAAGCAAAAGAAGAAGAAUGUGGCGAGCAGCUCGGUGGACCCCGUGGAUCCGGAACCUCCUGUGCCGAUGAGCUCGCGGCAGCGUCCUCCCUACAUUGUCGUUCCCGAGGUGGAGACUGCGCUGCCAGCAGCAGCCAUGACGGCCGGACCGAUGAUGGUCGACGGGAACGAGGACACCUUCGACAUCGGCACACCAGCGAGCUUCGCGUUUCCACCCCCGAGUUCGGCGCCCGAUAUGGACAACGACUUCCUCGAGGACACUCUGAACAUCAUGCGUUGCGACCCACCGGCCGAGCACCGGAACUGCCCACUGUGUCCUGGCGGGGAGCUGACUCUGUGUCGACUUCAGGAGCAGCGGCUUCUGAUCUGGAUGUGCUACCGAGACCCAGACUGCCAAUACAAGUGGCAGGGCAAGAUACCUCAAGACCAGGUCAAUCCGGCCUGGGGAGUGAGACUUUGCAUGGAGUGUCAGCAGAACGAGGUGAAGAAGGCGAGCGGGAAGGGCCGCGAAGCCUGGGUAUGCGACCACUGUGGAGACCAAUUUCAAUGCCUCGGCGGCCUGACCAAAGGGCGCCUGCAGGAGCUCGAGAACAUCACCGAGGACGGCUGGAAGAUGAUCGCCGCGAUCGUUGAGCCUAGCCGUUGCUACCUGUGGCAGUUUCGUGGAGCUCAGGUGCCCGGGUCUCGGAAUGCCACGAUCCAGGCACCAAUGCAGAAGCGAAUGAUCUUCAAUGUUGAUGAAGGCCAUUUGAACGUGGUGGACAUCAGCUAUUAUGGGAACUUCCGGACCUAUGACCUCGGGACCUCCGAGCCGGUGUCCGUCUACGUGGUCCAGGAGUUCGAGGAGGAUUUCGUGCAGGAGGUGACGAUGGAGAAGGGCGAAGAAGCCACUUUUGACCAAGCAGCCUGGAACCUGCCUACGGCCCAUGAGCGCAGCUACUGGAUCGAGCGUGCCCAGGAAGAACGUGGAG